AUGGCUCAGCAACCACCGCCGAUGGGCGUAAUACCACAGGAAAUGAUGCACGGACAACCUCCGACCCCUCAGCCCGUGAACUACUACUCCGAUGCGAGUACUACAAACGAUCUGACGGGUGGCCUCCCAAUCAACCUCGACUCUCUACGCGAUGGACCUCCCGGGAGCAAGCCGUUCUACCCGUACUCAACCUUAAUUCGAUAUGCGAUCAAGGGCUCUCCAAACCAGAAGCUACUGCUGGAAGAUAUAUAUUAUGCGAUCGAGUCACGAUUCCCGUAUUUCAGGACGGCGCCACCCGGAUGGAAGAAUUCCGUCCGUCACAAUCUCUCUCUGAACCCUUGCUUUGAGAAAGUGCCCCGACCCCUUACGGACCGCGGCAAGGGUUCGUACUGGACUGUGAACGACAACGUAGACCCUCGAACAGGCGUCCACAGAAUUCGGAAGAAGAAGGGGAAAGGUGCCUCCAAGGGCUCUCCCCCGCUCGACAGCCAGGACAUCGACUACCACCCAGGCGCCGACCAGCAGUCGACGUUCGACCCCAGCAACCAGUUCGUGCCCCCGCCUCCGCAGAUGGGCGCCCCUGGCGAGCCCGGACCCAGCCGCCCGGCCGCCCCCCCAUUCCCACCCCCAUACCCCUUUGACCCGACGUUCCCGCCGCCGCCGAUGAUCAUCUUCCGGCCGGACGAGCAGAUCGAGGUCGACGAGCACGGGCAGGUCAACUGGCACGCGCAAUGGCGGAAGGAGCUCGUGAACCUGCAGCAGGCGACGGAGGAGCAGGAGAAGGCCGGCGCGGACCAGGAGUGGUAUCGCCAUAUGCUCAUCCGCGUGCGCACGGCGAUGAUGGCGCCCCCGAUGAACGUCGGUCCGACGGGCGAGCCGAUCCCUCCUCCGCCGCACAUGGCCGGACAGCCGCCAAACCCUGGUGAGGUGCCGAUGCAGGUGCCAGUGCAGCAGGAGCAGUGA